UAUCCCUGCUUAAGCUUAAGUGUCCCACAUUAGGCGAAUCCACUCUAUGGGUCUGAUCACUUUUUUAAUGAAUUGACAUCAUUCCAGACAGGAUGUCAGUGUGUCUGUGACUUCCUGUACGGACUGAAGGCUGCUGGAAACUGUCGGCUGCUGGAAACGACUUCACCGCAGCUUUUUGUCACCGCCCCUGCUGCAGCCGCCUGCUCUCGUCUACUUUCCAGGCGAGGAGCAGUUCAUCUCCAGCGAGCCUACUCCCUCCUCCCAGUGCCAACUGGCAAAAAAAUGAGGAACAAACAGCUGCCCCAGCUCGGUCACUUCUUCAUCAAAACAAGAUGAAAAAUUUACUUUUGCUGCUUCUCUUGUGUCACGUGUCGUCAUCAGUAAAACACUCCCUGAAGUUUUUCUUCACUGCAUCUUCUGAAGUCCCAAACGUCCCACAGCUUGUGGGUGCUGCAGUGGUUGAUGACCUUUUGGUGGGUCACUGCGACACCGAUACAAAGAUAAUACAACUAAAACAGGACUGGAUGAAAACAGCAUUAGAAAACAAUCCGCAGCAUUUGGAGUGGUACAGUCGACAGUGUUUUGAGAUCCUGCCACACGUCUACAAAGCCAGGAUGGACAACUUGAAGCAGCACUUCAACCAAAGUGGAGAUAUCCACAUUUUCCAGAUGAUGAGUGGCUGUGAGUGGGAUGAUGAGACUGGAGAGGUUAAGGGUUUUAUGCAGUAUGGUUAUGAUGGAGAAGACUUCAUAUCAUUGGACCUGAAGACACUGACAUGGAUCGCUCUGAAACCACAGGCUGUCGUCACUAAACUGAGAUGGGAUGCUGACAAAGACAGACUAAUAGAAAAUAAAAACUACUUAACUCAUGUUUGUCCUGAGUGGCUGAAGACUUAUGUGGCCUUUGUAAAGAGCUCUCUGCAGAGAAAAGGUAGAAUCACAUGACCUGAUGUAGUUUCAUUAACAUAACAAUGUUCAUACAACUUGCUCAGAAUGAACUGCUGUUGUAUUUUCACUCCAGACUGUCUGACAUUAACUUCUGUUUGCCUUUUUUCUGUGACUUUUUUCUGCUGUUGUAUUUUCACUCCAGACUGUCUGACAUUAACUUCUGUUUGACUUUUUUCUGUGGCGGUAAAGUUUGAUUUAGCUCUCACCAAUCAGUAGAGACUGACAUGUUGGAGUGCUCUUACGUUUCUGUCCAUCAAACCUGAGACUGUGAUAGUUAGUGCACAGUUAGCAUGAGUUAAGUGAGUUCACAGAGUUUCAGAAUAGACAUAUUGCUGUUUCAUUGAACAUUGCUAUGAACUG